AUGGACGGUUCCUGUCAGUCGGCGCGUGGGACACCCAUCUCGACACAGCUUUCCGGUAGCCUAGAGCGAGCAGGUGAGCCUCGACGGCCAGCGGAUAGCCCGUGGCAAGUCGUCGAAGGUGAAGUCUCCCUUGUCGAGGAAGCGGAGGCAGCUGUUGACGGUAACAUGGGUCGUGGUCCUCUCACCCGACGCUCCGCUGAUUUUACCGGCCCCUGA